AUGGAGAACGGCAGUGCACUGCACAAGAGAAUCUUAUUUCGAGCAACUAUUUUUUCUACCCCAGCCCAAGGAAUUGAAACUACGAGCAUUCUUGUGCUGAUGCCACAGUGUACUAACAUUUUCCAAACCAAGUCCCUGAGUGAAUGGGGCUCUUCCAGUGGCAAUAAGAGCUGCAUCUACCUGCAGAGGAUCAUACGGCUCAUAUGUGAGGUUCUAGAAGCAUUACAUAUAGUAUUCAAAAACAAACGGCUCAAGUUCAAAUUAUACAGACAAGUUUUGCAUGCAGCAAAAGUAAUGCAGUCCAAAUAUCUCGUGAGAGAGAAUGAGAGCACCCAGAAAAAGUCUCUGCUGUUGUUAGCUUUGAAGUUAACAGGCAAAAGCCUGCGAAAACAGUGUUACCUUCUCAACAGCAUGAAGCGCCGCGCCAUGUCCGCCAACUCCAGCUCCGAUAAUCACGAGAUCUCAAAUCCACCGGACGACGGCGUCCCAUCGCCUUUCAAUGCCGCAAAUACUCUGCCACGAUUCAGACGCCUCGCGUGCAAAUUCAAUUGGGGCGAACGCAGGGACGACCGGUCCAACGACGUUUUCGGAACAAACGCCUCCCUACGGAGACCGCAGAACCGGAAAGAGCGAGGAGGCGCCGGCAGAUGCACGUCACCGGGGUUGCUGAUGGCGAAUCUGGCAACCGGCGACGGUGAGGAGAGAGAUGCAGAAAUCGCCUGCAUUUUCCGAGAGCAGUAA